AAGAGCUCGCGGAGGCGGUGGGCCGCGCAGGUUCGGAGGCCGGCCGGGCGGCUCCGCCCAGCCUGAAGCCCCUGCGUCCGCCGCCCGCGGUGUCCUCGGAUCUGUCGACAUGAAUCCCGUCAUCGUGGUCCACGGUGGCGGAGCCAGUAAUAUCUCUAAGGACAGGAAAGAGCGGGUGCGUCAGGGCAUCAUCAGAGCUGCUACCGAGGGUUACAAAAUCCUGAAGGACGGAGGGAGCGCAGUUGACGCUGUGGAAGGAGCUGUGACCGUCCUGGAAGAUGAUCCUGAGUUCAACGCAGGUUGUGGCUCUGUCUUGAAUGUAAAUGGUGACGUGGAAAUGGAUGCUAGUAUCAUGAAUGGAAAAGACCUGUCUGCAGGAGCUGUCUCUGCAGUCCAGGGCAUAGCAAAUCCCAUUAAACUUGCACGGCUUGUUAUGGAAAAGACCACUCAUUGCUUUCUGACUGACCAAGGUGCAGCAAAAUUUGCGACAGCCAUGGGGAUUCCCACAGUUCCUAAAGAGCAGCUGGUGACAGAGAGAAACAUAAGACGCCUAGAGAAAGAGAAGCAUGAGAAAGGUGCUCCAAAGCCAGACUGUGAAAAAAACCUAGGAACCGUGGGCGCCGUGGCCUUGGACCGCAACGGAAACGUGGCCUACGCGACCUCGACGGGGGGCAUCGUGAAUAAAAUGGUCGGCCGGGUUGGGGACACGCCAUGCAUAGGAUCUGGAGGUUAUGCUGACAAUGACAUUGGUGCCAUUUCAACAACGGGGCACGGGGAGAGCAUCCUGAAGGUGAAUCUGGCCAGACUCACUCUCUUCCAUGUAGAACAAGGAAAAACACUGGAAGAGGCUGCCGACAUGUCGUUGGGUUAUAUGAAGUCAAAGCUGAAGGGUUUAGGCGGCGUCAUCUUGGUCAGCAAAGCAGGAGACUGGGCAGUGAAGUGGACCUCUGCCUCCAUGCCCUGGGCGGCCGCCAAGGACUGCCAGCUGCACUCUGGAAUUGACCUUGAUGAGACCAAUGUCACUGACCUGCCCUAGGGCCGUGAAGAUUGUAUUCUAGGUGCUAUCCUGGAGGGAAAGUCCAGCUUCCUGGUGUGGAGAUUUAGCUUAAUUAAUUAGAUCUAGAAAUGGAGAA